AUGACGGAGGAGGACGCCGACGAGGCCAACCGUGAGCUCAUGGAGCGCCUCAACAGGACCGGGAAGGCGUACUUGGCACACACGGUGGUCGGCGACAGGUUUGUGCUGCGGUUCGCCGUGGGUUCGUCGCUGCAGGAGGAGAGGCACGUCCGGAGCGCGUGGGAGCUCAUCAACAAGACCACCACUGAGAUCAUGCAGGAACAGAUCGUUGUGGAGUAG